CUGCUUUUCACCAUCCAGCAAUCGUUCAUCGCUUCUAAUAUUCAAAAAGAUCCGUUGGAUAAUAUCUCUGAGAUUGGAGCUUGUGCCUUUCUUUCUUUCUUUCUUUCUUUCAUCUCUCUCUCUCUCUCCCGUUCCGUGGUCCUCCUCGUACCCCGCGAAAAAGUGAACCUCACCUUGCUUAUCUAAUCAUCUCCUCGAUCUCUACUUAUACGAAUACUUAUAUCGGACUCAGGUCUGGAAAAGAGACCGGGCUCUUAUAUCUUGAAGAUGAUCAUAUAAUCUGUCUGGUUUGGAUCUUCGACGUACAUUCAUCACUCUACUACACCUCAAAACGCAACUCAUCUUGACAACUACAACCAUCACAAUCAUACUUCAUCAUGUCUGCUAGGCCAGCCAUGCGCCAGCCUGUCCCCCCCAGAGCAGGCCCGAGGGCCCCUCCUGGGCGACUGGCCAGUCUUAAACCCCCAAAUCCAAUGGCUAUCCGACGCCCUCAGUCAAUUUCCCGACCUCAGCCAACCCGGCCAACGACUCACCCCAAGACUACCACUUGCCCUAAUCCAGGCUGUCCUGCUCCUCACAUUAUCGAGGAUGAGGGCCAGAAGGUCUGCUCCGGCUGUGGUACCGUUGUGAGUGAGGCCAACAUUGUCUCGGAAGUUACCUUUGGUGAGACAUCGUCUGGCGCCGCCGUCGUCCAGGGUGCCUUUGUUGGUGAAGAUCAAACUCACGUCCGCAGCUACGGCCCCGGAUUUCAGCGCGGAGGAGCUAUGGAGAGCAGAGAAAUUACUGAGCAGAAUGGUAAUCGGUACAUCACCCAAUUGUCCCGUGCUUUGACCAUCCCAGAGAGCGCUAUGAAGGCUGCUGGACAGGUCUUUAAGCUGGCAGUCGGCCUCAAUUUUAUCCAAGGUCGUCGAACCAAGACCGUUGCCGCUGUAUGUCUGUACAUCGCCUGCCGACGCCAGGAUGGAAAUACAGUAAUGCUCAUUGAUUUUGCCGAUGUUCUCAUGAUCAACGUUUUCAAAUUGGGUCGCACUUAUAAGUCCCUCCUAGAUGAACUUCGUCUAGGUGGCAACGUCUUCUUAAUGAAUCCCAUCGACCCUGAGAGUUUAAUAUAUAGAUUUGCCAAGCAACUGGAAUUCGGUUCCUCUACUAUGCAAGUGGCCGGGGAAGCCGUCCGCAUCGUGCAACGUAUGAACCGAGAUUGGAUGACCACAGGUCGGCGUCCUGCAGGUAUCUGUGGUGCGGCUUUGAUCCUAGCAGCUCGAAUGAACAACUUUCGUCGGACCGUCCGCGAGGUUGUCUAUGUGGUGAAAGUGACCGAAAUUACCAUCAGCCAACGUCUGAACGAGUUCAGCUCCACCGAAAGUGGCGAGCUAACGGUCGAUCAAUUUCGCUCGGUGCAAUUGGAAAAUACGCACGAUCCACCCUCGUUUACUCGCGCCCGGGAGGGUAGGAAGCCUAUACGAAGCGUCAAGACAAAACCGGCCGAGACAGCCGCCGCCAUUGAAGCAGAGGCACCGGAAUCGAGUGCUCGGUCGUCGAGGCGUGUCGACGCGGACGGAUUUGCAAUCCCUAGUCUGCCAAUUGAUCCGGUCUUGAUGCUCGCUGAUAAGAACAGCCAAGCGGCCGCGCCCGAGAAAGGUCGGCGACGAAAGCUGCCAUCGCCAACCCCAGAACAGGUGGCCUCGGAAGACGCCCUGGAGGAUGAAAUGACGGCCUUCUUGGCCAAGGGCUCCCACAUGAUCGAUAGCAUCGAAGGAACGACUAAUCCAACGCCCACGAGAGUGGUCUCCGAUAGUGCCGAGAUCGAUGAAGCCGAGUUUGAGUCGGAUCCCGAAGUUUCGCACUGCCUGCUGUCGCCCGCCGAAGUGGAGAUCAAGGAGCGGAUUUGGGUUCAUGAAAAUCAAGACUAUCUCCGCACGCAGCAGGCCAAGGCUUUGAAACGGGCUCUGGCCGAAGCGGACUCGCGUCCGGGCGAGCAUAAACCAAGGAAGCGCCGCAAGGGUCGACUCGGGGAUGUCGCGUAUCUUGAGGGGGAUGGCGAAGAGGGGGAUGGCAGGAGUACCCGUGCCUCCACUCCGGCCGAGGCGACGCGGCGGAUGCUGGAGCGGCGGGGGUUCAGUAAGAAAAUCAACUAUCGUCUCCUGGAGACGCUUUUUGGCGACGGCGGCGCCGAAGAGGCUGCCAAGGCGAAGGUGGUGGAUAGUGGAAGUCGGAGCCGCAGCCAGAGUGUUGCAUCUUCCCACCGGAGCGCCAGUAUUGAGCCGGAGUCCAUGGCAAGACAGCCAAGACUCCUUGGGGCUUCAUCAACGAACCCUGUUGGGCCGUCCCCUCUUGUCACUCCGGCAUCCAGCUCGGUCAAAGAACCGCCGAGCUCUCACGGAGUUGCCACCGAUAAAUCCGAGAACCCGCAGCCUAAUGAGAGUUUAGGACCAGCAGAUGACGCUGAGGAGGAGGAGGAGGAGGAGGAGGGGGAGGAGAAUGACAACUACGAGGAAGACGAAGGGGACGACGAUGCCGAUGGCAUUGAUGCAGCAUUUUCCGGACACUACAAUGAUUACUAUGACGAAGGUAGUGAUUACGAUAGUGAUUAGCAUAGAUAGAUAUAGAACAAUGGACUUGCAGCAAUGCAGGCAAAUUCCAAACGUUAG